AUGUCUCCCAGUUUAGAGGGGAUCAUGUUCAACAGGAGCACGAACCUGUCGGCGCGGCGGCCGUUGCUCGCAGAACCGCAAAAGCCUGUGGUAGUCCCACCACGAGCGCCUCCUCGAGACUAUGGCCCACAUCGGCCAUUGCCCGCGCCUAGGACUAUGCCGGCAACGUACCAGUACGAACAUAAGGCCGCCUUCUGGAAACCAUCGAACGUCGAAAUCGAAAAACGAUUGCAAGAGACGAGAGCUCGUGAGAAGAUCGGUUACUUUCAAGAUAAAGUAACUGUUCCAGAGUUAAAUUUAGACCGUAGAGAGGCGGAAUUAGUGUUUAGAUUCGACCCUCAUGCGUCAGCGGAAUAUUUAUCGAGUCAGUAUCAGGCUCCUACAGUUCAGUAUGCAAAACCCCCGACGCCGGCAAACGGGUUUGCUAACCGUCUACCGGAGAGAGACGGGCCUUUUGUGUUCGGAGUCCACAGCCCUAGCCAGUUCCCCAUUCCGCGUCGGGAUGAAGACGAUUAUGAUUAUUCUGAAGUGACUGAAGAAAAUAGUCGGCCUGUGAUACGCGACGAUGAGUCUGCAGACUUAAAUUGCUGUGAUAAAGUAAACGAGUGGGCAGUACGGGAUAAAAAAAGUCGUAGAACAUUAAAUCGAAUGUUUCAAAUUAACGAUAGACGAAAAGUGAAAGGUGGGAAGAAGGAGAAAAUUAAGUGUGUGUUAGUUGGUGAUGGAGCGGUAGGAAAAAGUUCUUUAAUAGCAGCCUAUGCUCAGGACACGUUCCGGGAAGAUUACCAACCCACUGCAUACGACACAUUCAAUGUUGUGGUUGACGUUGACGAUCGGCCUGUCUGCGUGGAAAUCUGUGAUACUGCGGGUCAGGACUCAAUGUCAGAGCUCCGAGCCCUCUGCUACCCCGGUACUGAUGUACUGAUGCUCUGCUUUUCCGUGGUGCGACCAGAAACAUUCCGAUCUGUCGCCGAGCGGUGGACGCGCGCUGUUGAUAGUGUCAACGCACCUUUAAUUCUCGUUGGUACACAAUGCGACCUAGCGCUAGAUGGACGAGUUAUACAAACUUUAAAGAGCCGCGGAGAGCAUCCGGUUACAGAAGCGGAAGCUCGUGCUUUAGCGGCAAAAAUAAAUGCAGUGUAUGUCGAAACAUCCGCUAAGACAAGAAAACAGUUGAAGGACGCCUUUGACGCCGCCAUUUUAGCUGGCCUGCCAGUCAUACAACACAAGAGACCUUUUUGGAAAAAAUUGUUAUGCUUAAAUUAGAUUAGAAAAUAAGAAGAAAGUAAAUUGUUGUGUCAUUUAAAAUACAACAAUAGAUAUAAAUAAAUCUAUUAAGCAUGAUGCAAAAGACACCCAAAUAAAUAUUUAUAAGAUAUAUCACACUGCAAACACAAUCUUUCCAAAGUAUAGAAUAAAAUUUCUUUAGUGAAUAAGUUUAAAAAAAAGUGUAAUGUGCCUUAAUUGUCGGAAUUUUAUGAAAAACAUGGAAUAGUGAGUGUUAUUGUUUGAAUAAUGUUAAAAUUGUGAAUCAGUGAUUAUGAAUGUUAUUGUUAUUACUGAUAUUAUGGCUUGAACAAAAGGCAUUUGAUCGAAUAUACCAUGUAACAAAUAAAUUGAUCUUGAUAAUUAUUUAAUGAACAAACAAAUAUAAAAGAACACAUUACCUCAUAUAUGUACAAUUUCAAAUAAUUGUCAUACUUAGUUAAAUUUAACAUAAUUACUUCACUACACAGAACUAUUAAAAAAUAUUUUGAAUAUUUGUAUCUAAAUUUAAUUAUACUUUAUAUAAAUAGACAAAAUAUUUAAGACAAAGACUUCAGCCGUUAUUGUACUCUUAUCAUACCUAUUUUUGAUAUAUUCUCUGUACAAAGAAAAAAAAACUUUACGACUUAACCUAAUUAAAAAAUGUGUUCGAACUUCUAAGCUUCACAUCUGUAUGAUCCAUAAUAUGAGUUUCAAAAUACUUUUUUGUACAGUAAAAGAGAUUGUUAAUUGAGAACAGAUCAAUUGUAUAGUAAAUAAUUGUAGUUGUAUUGAAAUUUACGUAUUUUUCAUUGUUACAUAGUGUGUAUAUAUAGUAAGCAUGGAUGUAUAAUUAUAGUAAAUGUUGUUUUGAUACUCAACACGAACUGAUAACUGAUAAUUAUAUUUUAUUAUGAAAUUA